AUCCAGCUCUCUUCUCUAUUCUCUAAAGAGCACUACAUCUCUCUAAACCGCCCUCAACCUCUCACUUACACCACCAUUAAUCCACCACUUCCACCACCUUAUACCUCCCUCUUGAUCACCCAACACGUCCCUCACAUCUCCUUUCUCUCCCUCUCACUGUUUCUGUCAAGAAGAAGUGAACAAGACCCAAGAUCACCACCCACUGCCACCACCCUACCACUCACUGCCACCACCGGAAAAUACCAUCCCCAAGCCUUGAUUUCUGCUGUUUUCGAUCCCCAAAUGUCCCUCCCCACUCCCUUCAUCGGAACCAGUCGAGAUCAGCAAGAAAAUGACGGCAGAAGGACCACCGGAGUAGCCUCCUGCCACCCCGUCACCUUCACUGUUGCCGCUGCUUUAAAUCACCGGCCACCACCACCAGCCGCCACCUCCAGCCAACCCCUUCUACUGAAACUAAAUAAAUCUCGACGGUUCGUUAUCAAAGCGACACUUCUCGGUUUCUCGCAUCAAAUACUCGAAACAAAUCAUCAACCACACGUUAAGGGGAUCAUCAGACAGGCUUUCAGGCAGAAGAUUAGUCGUGGAUUGCAGACGACCUAGCUAGCUUGCUUCUGUUAUUUGCUUAUCUGUCUAAGGCAACUACUGUACUAUUAUUAUCUA